UGCCAUAGCGAUGGUUUUGAUAUCCAGCCAAGGUGGGUAGCUACUGAAGGUCCUAGGUGUAUGCGUAAAGCUGCACAGCCAGCUACUAAAGCUCGUAUUGUCAGCACGCGGACGGCAUUACUGAAGUGCUCGAGCCAGGGGCUUCGACAUGGAGACCAGAAGGGAUUUGUUAUUUGCAGUAUUUCCGCUGCUUCUUGCCCUAACCCUUGUGAAAUCCCCGCUAGUAGGCGAGGCGGUUCAGGUGUCUGAAAUCAUUAAAGCCUUAAAUGCAUCCACUCAAGGUAAUUUUUUGCAACUGUCUCUUGCUGACGUGGCUCUCCUGCAGCGUCUGCUCACCGUCAGCGGGGUCACAAAAUUACCAAGAGGCACGCUCUUGCUUCCUAAUUUACACGCGUGGAACAGUGCUCGGCUCAAUUACCCCAAGCACAACAAUAACACCUGGGCAUUCAAUCCGGCGGUCCAGGAGGCUCUAGACGUGGUCGAUCGGACGGACAUCUCGCAACCCGCAUGGGUUGUGAACCAGACAUUGAGUUCAGGAGCAGCCGACGUGCUGGCGAAUCUGGUGAAAUUUCACGUCCUGACAACUUACAUUCCGCCGGGAAUUGCGGAGUUGAAUUACACAACCGGAGGGCCCUGGAGCCUACCCACACUGCUAGGCCAGCCCAUGUGGCUCUCCUACUACCACGAAACGGCCCCACUGGGCAUGGGGUCAUGGAAUGUGUCUGGCUCAUCGCCGGGGCAAAGCGCGGCAGCGGCAGCAGUGGCUACUGUGGACGACAGGGACGGCAGCCCCUUGGUGUAUGAUGACAAGCUGGUGCCGAGCAAGAUGGUGGCUGACAUCAGGAACCAGAUGGUGGUGUACCAGAUCGAAGUGGUGCUUUUCCCUUAUGACAUGACUGCACUAGGUGGAGCGAGUCAGAGUGGCACAGUGGGGCAGCAGACCGGGACUGCUGCGCAACCAAGUGCCGGCAGCAGGCAGAGCGGUGCUUCCCUCCUCACCACCAUUGUUGGGCUGGUUGUGACGCUGCUGCUGCUCACCCUUGCUAUGUAACUGCGCCUCGUCGCAUGCCCACGUGCCACCUGGUCUUCAGCUUAGUUGAGCGUUCUCAAGACCGACCUCCCGCCCAGCACCAUGAUGGGGAACAGGGCGGGAUGAAGAGUGAUCAGUGUGCAGCGCAUGGCUUGCAUUAUGUGCCUUGCUGCACCUUGCUGUGGGCAUGAGCAUUAUGGGCUUUCAGUCAGUGGUGGUCUGGCUUCUGAUGGGCGUGAGCAUGAGCCACCUUCCACUUGGGCAUAGCCAAAUGGGUGUUUGAGCCACUGGGCUGAGGUCCAUCAGAAAAUGCCAUUGCAGAUCUUACAAAAUAAUGUCGGGUUUUUUGUUUUCAAAGAAGCGAGAACUCUAGUAAGGGCCCGAGACAGUAAUUGGUGCGGGUGCAAGCCACCAUGUAACCACACCAUGGAAACAAUGCAAGAUG